UGGAAAAUGUAAAUAUUUUUGUCGGCAAAUUUAAAAUUAUGGAGAGUGAGCAAGUUUUAUCUCAAAAUAAAUUGUGUAGGACUUGCAUGACUUCAGGAAACGAUCUUACAUCGUUAUUUAACAUUUUGAAUAUCGGAGGUAAAGAAGAGCCACUAAAUUCUAUACUUCUGAAGUGUACUUCAAUACAGGUAACGAGCAACGAUAUAUAUCCUCAGCAUAUUUGUAACUUGUGCUUGGACAAACUGACAGCAUGUUACUUGUUUCGACAACUUUGUUACCAAACUCACGAAAGACUGGGUCAGAUGUAUCAGAAUGGAAAUUUACCGUAUUCCUGUAUGAAAGGAGGUGAUUCUCAGUUACUGGAAGGAAAUACAACAAAUGACGUGUUUUAUAAACAAGAAGUAGUGGAGAAAAAGGAAAUAAUUGUAGAAAAAACAGAGUGUGUAAGUCAAGACGAUUAUGGCAAUCAGUACGACGAUAUAAGCAAUGAUCCUUAUAGUUACGGCAAUAACAACAGUAAUUAUGAUGCUGUAAGUGAUUGUAGAAAUAGUGAUGACAGUAAUGAUAAAAAUUUUGGUCACAAUGAGAAUUUAUAUCCUGAAAAUGUUCAAAAUUCUUCAAAAUCAAGCCCUAAUUUCAGUUGUUCUAAAUGUACCAAAGUAUUCCGUUCUAAAUAUACAAUGCUCAGGCACAUGAAGGUCCAUUCCAAUUCUGAAAAGUUGAAGUGCAAAAUAUGCCAAAAACAAUUCACCAGGUAUCGUUUCAGAGUUUCAGACGUGAAGAGACACAUGUCGGCGCACACGGGGAACAAGCCCUUCUGUUGCAUUGUGUGCCAAGCGUCUUUUACUCAAUCGGGUUCGUUGGCGGUUCACAUGAGAAAACACGAAGAGUUCAAAUUCCCUGCUAAAAAGACUGCUAAACAGCUAGACGAGAAACCCCAUUUGUGUUCGAUUUGCGGAAUGGCAUUCAAACAUUCCUCCAGCCUCACGAUACACAUCAGGAGGCAUAAGGGCGACAAACCGUACAGCUGUAAAGUGUGCAAUAUGAGAUUUGUGUCAAGUGGGCGACUAACCUCCCACAUGCGCGUGCACACGGGAGAACGACCCUUCUCAUGUAAACAUUGCGGAAAAUGUUUCGCACAGUCGACUGUUGCGGGGAAGCACCUCAAAACUCACUCCGCCGUGAAGCCGCACCAGUGUUCGUACUGUCUGAAGACUUUUUCCACUGUAUACUACCUGAACAUUCACAAACGGUCUCACACAGGUGAGAAACCCCACGAGUGUAACGUUUGCCACAAGACGUUUGCGGAUCCGAAGAAUUUGAAGCAGCACAAGAAUAUACACUCGGAGAACAAAGCGUAUUUGUGUAUUAUAUGCGGGAAGUCGUUCAGGAGGAGCCACCACCUAAAGAAUCACAUGAAAAUUCACACCAAGGGUGCCUAGUUGUAUAUUUGUGAAUAAAAAUGUAAAUAGUG